ACAGGCACCGGCACGCCUCCCCGCUCUCCCAGCAACUCGCAGAUCACACUGCGUGUUCGCCUCCGCACAACAGCCAAAGUUUAUUUGCCAACAAAUAGAGCUCGGUCGCUGCCGGCAACUCUCUCGGACAGUUCAGAAAGACGAAGAUGGUGCUGUACCACAAAGAGUUUGACAAGGCAGGGAAGGAGCCGGGGAUCCAGAUCUGGAGAGUGGAGCGCUUGGAGCUGGCGCCUGUCCCUAAAAGUUUGCACGGCAGUUUCUAUGUAGGGGACGCUUACCUGGUGAUGCACACCACGGCGAUAAAGAACAACUUCACUUACAAUCUGCAUUUUUGGUUAGGAAAGGAAUGCUCCCAGGAUGAAAGCAGCGCUGCUGCGAUCUUCACUGUGCAGAUGGAUGACUAUCUGGCAGGGAGACCGGUCCAGUACCGAGAGCUUCAAGACUACGAAUCCAACACUUUUGUCAGUUAUUUCAAGGGCGGACUUAAAUACCAGGCUGGUGGUGUGGCUUCAGGAUUUACACAUGUUAUUACUAACAACCUCUCUGCAAAGAGAUUGCUGCACCUUAAAGGCAGGAGGGUUGUGAGAGCAACAGAAGUUCAUCUCAGCUGGGACAGUUUUAAUAAAGGAGACUGUUUCAUCAUAGAUCUGGGAGCGGUCAUUCAUCAGUGGUGUGGAUCAAAGUGCAAUAGAUAUGAGCGUCUCAAGGCUGCUCAGGUUGCUGCGGGCAUUCGAGACGAUGAAAGAAAUGGCAGAGCAAAACUUAUUGUUGUUGAGGAGGGCCAUGAGCCACAAGAUCUCAUUCAGGUCCUUGGUACCAAACCCGAGCUGAAGGAAGGGAACGAUGAUGAAGAUACUGUUGCUGAUGUAUCGAACAGGAAGAUGGCAAAACUCUACAUGGUCUCAGAUGCCAGUGGGUCGAUGAAAGUGUCACUCGUGUCAUCAGAAAACCCUUUCUCACCUGAUAUGCUUUUGAAUGAGGAGUGUUUCAUACUGGACAACGGAGCAGAUAGAAAGAUAUUUGUUUGGAAGGGUAAAAAUGCUAACCCAGAGGAGAGGAAAGCAGCUAUGAAGACUGCUGAGGGAUUCAUAGCAAAAAUGGGCUACCCAUCUAAUAGUCAGAUCCAAGUUCUUCCCGAAGGAGGAGAAACACCAACCUUCAAACAGUUCUUUAAGAAUUGGAAAGAUUUGGAUCAGAGCGAGGGUUUCGGAAACGUAUAUGUCACUGAGUCAAUUGCCAAAAUCAAGCAGAUUGAAUUUGAUGCCUCCAAACUACACAGCUGCCCGCAAAUGGCCGCCAACCAUAACAUGGUCGAUAAUGGUUCUGGACAAACAGAGAUUUUCCGAGUUGAGAGCAAUGGGCGGAUCCCGGUCGACCCUGCUACAUACGGACAAUUUUACGGUGGAGAUUGUUACAUCAUUCUUUAUACAUACAAAUCGGGACAGAUUAUUUAUACCUGGCAAGGAUCCAGUGCUACAAAAGAUGAGCUCACUAUGUCAGCAUUCCUUACAGUCAAUCUCGACCAAUCACUUGGUGGGGCAGCAGUUCAGGUUCGUGUGACCCAAGGGAAGGAGCCUUCUCAUUUGCUUAGUUUGUUUAAGGAUAAACCCCUCAUAAUUUAUCAAAAUGGGACAUCACGGAAGGAAGGCCAGACACCUGCUCCGGCACAACGCCUUUUCCAAGUCAGAAAGAAUCUUGCUACCAUAACAAGAAUUGUGGAGGUUGACUUUGAUGCUCAAUCGUUGAAUUCCAACGAUGUUUUUGUAUUGAAAUUGCCAAACGCUGCCUAUUUCUGGGUUGGCAAAGGAGCCAGUAGCGAUGAAGAGCAAGGGGCUCAAUAUCUUACCACAGUCCUGCAAUGCAAGGCAACAAGGAUUACUGAAGGCAAAGAACCAGAUGCAUUUUGGAAUUCCCUCGGUGGAAAGAAGCAGUAUCAAACUUCAGCUCUGUUACAAAGUCACGAAGUUUAUCAUCAGCCUCGCUUAUUUGCCUGCUCAAAUAAGACUGGGUGCUUCAUUAUUGAGGAAGUUCCAGGGGAGUACACACAGGAUGAUUUAGCUGAAGAUGAUGUCAUGUUGUUCGAUGUUUGGGAUCAGGUAUUUGUUUGGAUUGGGAAUGAUGCCAAUGAAGUGGAGAAAAAGGAGUCGGUAAAAUCAGCAAAACAUUACAUUGAAUCGGAUCCCUCUGGAAGAGAUUGCAGGACUUCGAUUGUCGUAGUGAAACAGGGAUUCGAGCCCCCAACAUUCACAGGAUGGUUCCUUGCCUGGGACACAAGCAAGUGGUCAGGAGACCAUGUGAAGAAAGCUAUGGCUUCACUGAAAGUGGCAUAGAAUUCAACCAAUCCCAGCUAAAUGCACGUAACUUCACAUAAAAAUCAUUUGCAGACAUAAAAUCAAGUGCCGCCUUUCAAAUGCUUUUGGUAUAUUGCUCCUAAUUUACAAAUUCCUGUUAUUUUUCUCAUGUGAAUUAUUUGCCUUCUGUGAUGAUCUUUACAUAAUAAAGCUAAUGGCACCAUUACGAAA